GUUAUUAUAGUCAGGCGCUCGAGGAACUACAGACACGCGUCAUUAGCUACGUAGCUUGCGUGUGCUGUUAGUUCGAGUUGGUCGUGUUCUAGACGCUCGCGUGCAGCACGGCCGUCCAUACAUUAUACUUGUGAUAACGAAAGGUACAGGAUCUCGGAAAUACAAUUUCGGCACUGCCGAGGAGUCCGAGGAGGCCUUGCACAAGUUUGCGCUCCGCUAAAGCUUUUGUACAGGCCCAGGCAGCCAUCCAGGAAUCAAGCAGCUUUCUGUUGCGCUAUCUGUUGCGCAUACAGCGCAACUUCCCAGCGCAGAGGCUCAGAGAAGCUGCAGAUUGCUUCCAUGUACUGAACUGGAGCUGCGGCUCACGGAGCCGCUGAAGGCCACGGCCUAGGCUGCUGUAAGCAAAGAGGCCAGGCUCGAAUCACUGGAUCAGGUGUGCGAAGCCGGUGCCGGAGUGCUCCGGUUUGGCGCGCAGACAGCGACACGCACCCGACCAGCAGCGCCAGCACGGAGCCUUACCGCGUCUGAUGCAAACUGCGGAGGUGUUGACAGCACGGCCUUGAAAUCUCGCUGCCGUCGACGUGACGGAGAGGUAAACGCAGCGGGGCCAGGAGCGGCAGCAGCCGUCUGCAGCUUCUGCACGGCCGUGGGGCCACAACAGUUGCGACACACCAGGUCGCAUCGUAUAGCCCGGGGCGCGGACUCAGCGCCGGCAGCAGCAACCCGGCCAAGAGAGACCCACCACUGGUGAGACGGACAGCAGCCAUGCAACACCAGCAACAGCACCCGUACCAUCACCACCACCACCAGCCUCCGUCGCCGUCGGCCUCGCCCGCCGCCGCGGCGGGGCUGACCGCCGGUGGCGCCGGUGGCGGCCUUGCCAAGCAGCUGCCUCUGACCCCUUACCGCGGGAACCCGCCGGCACCGGGCGCCGGCGCGGCGGCGUCAGCCGCCGCUGCCGCGUCGGCGGCGGUCGCGGCCGCGUCAGCGGCCGCCGCCGCAGCGGCGGCGGCCAUGAUUGGCGGCUCGGGCGGCCACGUGGGCGGGGGUUUCCGCGGUCCUCCUCCUCCGCUGUGGGACCAGGCGCUGGAGCAGGAGAAGCGGCUGCGGGCGGAGCUGCGCAAGAAGAGCUUCUGGGACCCGGACGUGCGGCGGCUGCGCGGCGCGCUGCAGGGCACCUACGAGGCGCUGGUGUUUGAGCACUACGAGUUCGCGGCGGCGAACGAUGUUGAGCAGAACCUGUGGAAGGCGGUGUUCUACAAGCCCAUCGAGGAGUUCCGCAGCCGCGUGCGCGCGCUGGAGGGACUGGCCAAGGGCGCAGCAGGCGGCGGCGGAGCCGCCGGUGCCGGCGGCGCCGGAGGCGGCGCCGGAGCCGCAGGCGGCCACGGGGCGUCGACGUCGCCGGGUGGUGGCGGCGGCGGCAUGGCGCCUGUGCAGCUGGCCACUCCUGAGGAGGCACGUGCGCAGCUGGGCCGCACCACGGGCGCCUACCUGCGAUUCCUGGACGAGGCGCUGGCCUUCUACCGCAAGACGGUGUGGAAGCUGCAGUGGGUGUUUGGCGACGUGGGCGCCAGGGUGGAUCUGGACGCGGCCCUGCAGAACGAGAUCCAGGAGUGCGUGCCGCGCCGCGUGCCGGCCAAUGCAGCAGGGGGCGGCGGCGGAGGGCCCAGCGGCGGCGGCGGGCUGCCUGACGUGCGGCCGUCUGUGCACCGCUGCCUCAUCUACCUGGGGGACCUGUGCAGGUACCAGAGCAUGGCGCUCAAGGGGCAGCCCACCUCCUCGCGGCCGCUGUGGGAGCGCGCCGGCGCCUACUACCGCCAGGCCGCCGCGGUGCAGCCCGAGAGCGGCAACCCCUACAACCAGCUGGCGGUCAUGGCCUACUUCACAGGCGACGAGCUGCGGGCGGUCUACUACUACUUUAGGAGCCUGGCGGUGGCGCUGCCGUUCGUGACGGCGCGGGAGAAUCUGCUGCUGCUGUUCGAGAAGAACAGGAGCAGGUACGGCAGCAUUGCUGCCAGCCAUGCCGCCGCCGCCCUAGCAGGCGCAGCCCGCUUCCCCGGCGCCGCAGCCACCACUCACACCGCCGCCGCCACCGCCAACACCGCCGCCGCCGCCGACCCGGGCGCUGCGCGCGCCGCCUCGGGCCUGGUGUCUGACGUGGUGGUGCGGUGGGUGCGGCUGCACGGGCUGCUGUUCGACCGCAUCAACCUGGAGGCGCUGCCGGCGGUGCUGGCGGCGGCGCUGGCAGACCUGGAGGCGCUGCUGGCGCACCCCGGCUGCCGCGCCAGCCUGCAGCGCUCCCCCGACGCCGACCAGCCCCUGUUCCACCUGGCCCUGCUGGCCGUGUUCAGCCUGCACUACAACACACCGACUGGCGGCGGCAGCAGCAUCGGCGGCGGCGGUGGUGGAGGUGGAGGCGGAGGUGGAGGCGGAGGAGGAGGGGGAGGCGGAGGUGGAGCAGGAGGUGGUGCAGGAGGAGGAGGGGGGGGAGGCGGCUAUGCGGCGGCGGCGCGCGCCGCGGAGCUGCGGGCGCACUCGGUGGCGGUGGCGCUGAGGUUCGCAACGGCGGUGGCAAACUGCACGGCGGGCAUGGCCGAGGCGGCGGCGGCGGGCGGCGGCGUGGGCGACGUGGAGCCGGGCUUUGGCGCCGUGUCCACCGCAUGCCACGUGAUGCUGACCUGGAUGGUGGCGCACCCCGCCGCCGCCUGGCCCGCAGAGGCGCUGGCGGCAGCGGCCGCCGCCGGCCGCGCCGGCGGCGGCGGCGCCGCCGCAGGGGCUGGAGAAGGCGGUGGCGUGGCGGCGGCGGCGGCUGCUCCGCCAGAGGUGGUGGCGGAGCUGGCGGCGCGGGCGGCGUUCCUGGCGGCGGCGGCGCGGCUGGCAGCGCACCUGUCCGACCUCACGCGGCGCCGCGCGCACGACCAGGACUGGAAGGACCCCAGCGUGCGCCACCGCUCGCUGCCCGAGGACGCCGAGCUGCGCGGCUUCGUGCCGCUGGCGCCCGUGGUGGCGGUGGCGGCGGGCUGGCCGGCGGCGGCGGAGGCGCGCGGCGGCGCGGCGGUGCUGGCGGUGCGCGUGGCGCGCAUGCUGCAGGCGCUCAGGCAUCUGGAUGAGGCGCUGGGGCCGCUGCGUGGGCCCGUGGCGCCGCCGCCGCCGCUCACGUCUGCCCCUGGCGGCGGCGGCGCGGCGGCGCCCACCUCUGCGGCGGCGGCGGCGCGGGAGCUAGCGCGGUCCAUCCGCACCUUCAAGGCAGCCGUGCAGCAAGCCACCCACGGAGGUGGCGGAGCAGUCGGCUCCGCCGCCGCCGCCAGCCCCAGCGGCGCGGGCGGGGUGGCUGGCAGCGGUCCUGGCGGCGGCGGCGGCGGCGGCGGCGGCUUCUACCCGCACGUGCUGGCGGCCGGCGACUCACACUUCCAGAACCACCACCAUCAGCAACAACACCAGCAGCACCCACAUCAGCACCCGCACCAGCACGCGCAGAAUGAAAUUCAGCCGGGAGGCAGCAACGGUGUGCAGGCGCACGCACACCCGCAGGCGCAGCAACACCCGCACCAGCAUGGGGCGUCGGUGCUACCCGCGCAGCCGCCGCCGCCGCCCAUGCCGCGGACGCUGCAUCUAGGCAGCGGCGGCGCGGCGACCGCGACGGCGGCGGCAGCGGCGGCGGGGCCGCUUCACACCAACAGCGGCGAUGCGGCGUCGGCGCCGUUGGUCUUCGGCGCGACGGCGGGCGCCGCCGCGCUGGCGGCGGCGGUGGCGGCGGCGGUGUCCGCACCCGGGACCUCGGCGGCAUCGCCGGCGGCAGGAGCAGGCGGCGUAGGUGCCGUCAGCCUGCCGAGCGGCCGAAGCGCGGGCCACGUCAGCGUGCUUGGCGGCGGCGGCGGCGGCGGCGGCGGCGGUCGUGACGACGACGAGGACGAGAUUGUGUACCGGCCGCCGCCGCACCGCCAGGGCUCGGGCCUGCCUCGGGCACCCAGUGUCGGCACGGCCAUGCACAUGCUGCACCGGCGCAGCAGCAGCGGCGGCGGCGUUAUUGGCGGAGGCGGCGGAGGCGGCGGAGCAGGAGCAGGAGGAGGCGGCGGCAGCGGCCUGGCUGGGCUGUUGGGGCUGGGUGGGCUGGGCAGCGGGCUGGGCGGCGGCCUGGGCGGCCUUGCCGGCGGCGGCGGCGGGUUGCUGCAGCACUACGUCAGCCAAGACCUGGUCAGAGGCGUGCUGUCCAAGCAGCCCAGCGCCGGCGGCACCACCGCCACCGCCACCAACACCAACACCACCGCCUACAACAGCUACCAGCACAGCCGCGAGCUCAGCCGGGACGGCCGUGCGGGCGGCCUGGGCGGUAUGGCGCUGGCGCCCGGCCUGGGGCUGGGGGGCGGCUUUGGCGGCCUGGGCGCAGGAGGCUUGGGAGCAGGUGGCGGCGGCCUUGGAGGAGGAGCAGGAGGGUACGGCGCGCCGGGUAGCGGAGCCAUGGGGCUGUCGCUACGCUCGCCGUCGGGCCACGGCGCCGCGGCGGCGGCGGCGGCGGCGGCGGGUGCCGACCCGCACCGGCAGCAGCUGCAGGCGGCGGCGCUGGCGGCGGCGGCGGUGGCGGCGGGGCAGCAGACGGGCGCGUACGUGGGCCCGACCGCUGUCGUGAUGCAGCAGCAACAGCAGCAGCAACACAGGCAGCAGCUGCAGCACGGGCAGCUGCAGGUACAGCUGCACGGGCCGCAGUACGGCGGGCAGUACGGCAGCGGCAGCGAGAUCACCAGCCCGGGGUCGGCGCACGGCGGCGCGGCGCCGCUGCCGCCGUCGCCGCGGGGCCUCCUGGCGGGUAUCGAGUCGGCUGCCGCGUCAGCAGGAGCAGCUGGUGCCGCAGCCGCGGCGGCGACGGCGGCGGCGACGGCGGCGGGGCCGAGCGGCGGCGCCAGCGGCCGCAACUCGGCGACCGGCAUGAUUCCGGCGCGGCCGCCGUCGCCAGCCAUUGCCGACCUGCCAGGGCCGGCGUCCAUCGGGCUGCUGCAGCACAUCCUACACGGCGGCGGCGGUGGCGGCGGCGGCGGUAGUACGGGAAGCGCCGGGGCCGGCGGCUUGGCGCCGCCGGCAGCUGUCACCAGCACCGGCAGCGGCAGCACACGGCGGCCGCCCGCUCCUAGCUCGGCGCUGGCGGCGGCGGCGCCGCCACCACCCAAGCCCUCGUCAGCGGCGGCAACAGAAGCGCUUAUGAUGGUCGCGAACGCGCCGUUCGCAGGUCUGCCGGCGGCGCUACAGCAGCGCGCGGCGGCGGCAGCCGCCGCGGCGACAGCCACUGCCUCGGGGCAACGGCCGCCGGCGUCGGUGGCCGCGGCGCCGCCGCCUCUGCCGCCGCCACACCUGCUUUUGUACGGUGGGCAGGGCGCCGCCGGCGGCUGGCCUGGUAGCUCAGUGGUGGCGGCGGUGGCGGGCGAUCAAGGCGCUGGCGGCGGCGGCGGCCUGGCUGGCGGCGUGGAUUUGUCGUACUACGCCCACGCGGCUGGCAGCUACCAGGCAGCUGCGCUGGCGGAGGCGACCGCGGAGGCGACGGCUGUGGCGGUUGCUGGCGACGUGCUGCGAAUGGCAGAGGCCAUGGACGAAGACGAGGCGGCGCAGUACCACCUUGGGCAGGGCCAGGGCCAGGGGCAGGGCCAGGGUGCCCACUACCCAGCAGCACACCAACCGCAACAGCCGCAACACCCGCAGUACGGCCAGUCCCACCGCCCUGCGCAACACCCCCAGCACCCGCCGUACCCCCAGCACCAGCAACCACAAUCGCACCAACUACCACACCAGCAACAACCGCAACAACAACAACCGCAACCGCACCACCAGCAGUACCAGCCGCAGUACCAGUACAGCAUGUACAGCAGCGGCGAGGGCAUGCCUGGCGGCGGCGGCGCCGUUGCCGUCGACUUCAUGGAUACGGACCGCUUCAGUCCGGCGGCGGCGGCGGCGGCUGGCGGCGGCGCCGGCGGCGGUACGGAGUUCGUAACGCGCGAGCCGUCGGCGGCUUCCGGCGGCUUCUUCUCCAGUACGUACGCAUUGGAUGCUUCCAUGGGCUCGGCGGGCGGCGGCGGCGGUGCCGGCGGCGGUGGCGGAGGUGGCGGUGGAGGAGGAGGCGCAGGGGCAGGAGUUGGCGGUGUAGGGAGGUUCGGCGUUGCGAGCAGCGACAGCGGCAGCGGCCUGGUUGGAUUCCUGGCAGGAGCGGCGGCGGCAGCGGGCGUGCCGCCGGCGGCGAGCCUGGGUGGGCCGCGCGCAGGCGGCGGCGGCGGCGGCCUGCAGGGUGUCGCCGUGGGCUCGAGCGGCGACGUCACUGCCGCAGCUGCUGCGGCGGUGGGCGCGCAGGGCGGCGGUGCUGGCGGCGCCACCGCCGGCUUGGGCGGCAGUUAUGACGGCGACACGCCGCUGGGCGGGUUCGGGUCGUGGGGCGUGCUGGCUCCGGGCGCUCUGCCUGAGCACCUGGCAGGGUACCACUCGCGCCUGCAGCGCCAGGCGGCAGCAGCGGCGGCGGCGCAGGCGGGUGGUGCUGGUGGUGGUGCUGGGCAUGACAGCCUGCAGCUGCCGGGCGCGGCGGCGCUGCCGGGGGCGGUGGAUGGUGGUGUGGGGCCUGGCGGCGGCGGCGGCGGCGGCAGCGGCGGUGAGGGGCUGUUUGGUGAGGACCUGAGCUGCCUGUCCUUCCUGGCCGCACAGAUACAGCAGGGCAACGCUCAGCAGCAGCAGCAGCAGCAACAGGCCCAACAGCGGUUGCAGCAGCAGCAGCAGCAGGAGGAGGAAGAGCAGCAGGAGGAGCAGCAUGCGCAAGAGGCGCAGCAGCGCAUGCUGCAUUACCUGGGCAGCAGCGGCGGCUUCGGCGGCAGCAGCGGCGGCGGCUACGCGCAGGGCUGAAGUGAAGCCCGUGGUUACUGCUAUCGCCACCACCCGUCCGGGAUUGUUACUAGAAGUUACUGAGUGCUGUUUUUAUUCUUUGGCAAUGAGUUUUGGAGCCUUACUGUGCUGCGCCGGUCGCGCGGGCGCAGCAAGGCAAGUACAGACAUAAAUCCAUGGCAUCGGUUCCGCCGGGGCCCAUGAGUGCGCGUGCGCGCUCACAGCGCCGAGCCGCAGAACGCAGCGCAUCGCGCCACUCGCGCCACGUGCACCGUGCGCGCCAUGCGCCCCACCAGUCAAUGUCAUCAUCGCCCGGUUCACGUCGGCAGCAAGCUCCGGCGUUCGCCGGCAUUGCUCCGGCGCCCCGCAGCGGCCGGCGCCCUCCCAGCCGCCCAGCCAGCCAGGUGCUCCAGGCCCCGUAGCAGCUGCAGGCCUGCCCAUGCCGCCCCCCCCCCCGGUCCACACGCCGCCCGCCCCCGGUCCGCAUGCCGGCCCGCGAGUCUGCCGCCACCACCACCACCCCUAUACCCCGCUGCUGCAACAGCAGCAGCAGCGGGCGCCGCCGCUAUCGGUCUGGCGCACGAACGCAGUGUCGCGUGCCUUCAGGCAUUGCCAGCGCCGCUGCGGGCGCGGUAUGUAUGGCCAGCGCCUCGAUGUGUGCCGCAGCCGGCGGGCACGCCAGGCGUGACUGACCCACAUCACCCGCCACAUCGCAACAGCGGCCACUUCCCCAGGCGCCGGCACGGAGCAGGGGGGCAGGGCUGCCCGCGCCGUUCACAGCAAGCAGUUGGCUUUUGCGCAUGCGGUAUCACGGGCAAGCAGAGAGAGACGAAACAGUGUGGUGCACCACUGCCGCCGCCAAGCCUGCUCAAACGUGGCUCCAAGUUAAAGCGGUAUCACGUCAGCGCCGCACGUGCUGGAGCAAACUCUGUGUGUUACUGUCAGAAGGACAAGCAAAGCAGUCAGAGAACGACAAGCUAAGCAGUCAGAGAACUGCCAUGUGCGCGUGUAUGUCCUGGUGACACGUGCAGGCGAGGAAAGGUUUGGGGGAGCGAGGAAGGAAGAGGAGGAGGACGUAGCCAUGCAAAUGGCAGGAUAGCCAGGCACUAGAAUAGAGCCACCGAGGAACUUGCGCACGUGCUUUGGAAGGAAGGCUCUGGGGUGAUAGAGCUGGAGUAGUAGAGCUAGAUAGGGACAGCUAGGGGUCAGCGCUGAAGCCAGGAUGCCCUACCGCUGGCGCCGAUGGCGAUGUGGAUGUGUGAUGUUCCGACCGAGGCAGGGGCAGCGGCAUACGCGGCACUGUAGCGUGGGCCAUGCGCGUGGUGUCGCUCGCUGCCAGCUGGUCCGACGGCACGGAUACAGUAUCGGUAUGAUUGCGGUAUUACAGGAGAGGACAACCCGAGCGUGCAAGCACGCAGGGGUACCGGUAUGCUGAUGCCGCUAGUUGGGGGAUGGCGUGAGUGCGGGUAGCUGCUGGUCGCGGGGGCUUGCAUGAGACCAACAUUUGACGCUUUGUUGGUCUUGCACCUGCGCACGUGAGUGGUACCGCUUCCGCUCUGCCUGAAUGAGCCUGACAAUGGCUUGAGAUGACAUAAUAGCACACGACCUUUCUGUCGACGCGCUGACCAGAGGAGCAAACUGUAGCAGACUUGUCUGGGGACAGCAACAGCAGCGGGGGCCAUUGCGGGCUAUGGCGGAAUGCGGGCCCGCCCCUGGCGCUCCACCACGUGGCGUCGUUCACGCCUGAUGCCAAGGGUGAUUUUGACUUUGGUCAAGGACACCCAGGACUGCCGUAAGCGUCGGAACCCGUUAUGUACUCGUCAAG